AGCGGCUAGGAUGGCUGGUCAUAGCUUGAACGAUGACAAAGUGCGCACCGCCGACGCCAUCAUAGACCGGAGUUUGCUGUUCGAGGAGAUGGCAUUGUCGGAACCAGUGAAGCAGGCACUAGCCCGUAACCAUUUUAUACACCCAUCACCCAUACAGGCACGGGCGAUUCCGCUGGCUCGAUGUGAUUUCGAUCUACUGGUGCAAGCGAAAUCGGGCACAGGAAAAACACUCGUCUUUGCCAUCAGCAUCGUGGAAAGGCACGAUCCGGAGGUCGCUUUCCCACAAUCACUGACGAUCGUGCCGGCGCGAGAAAUUGCGGUACAGGUGGAGUCGGUGCUCAAUCGUAUCGGGAGUGAUUUGGGCAACUUCAAGGCACGUUCGUUUAUUGGCGGUAUGGAAAUAAGUGUGGAUCGUAAGAAUCUACAGAACUGCUCCGCUAUCGUCGGUACGCCCGGAAGAAUACUGCAUCUCAUCAAGAGUAACGUGCUAAACACGUCCUACAUCCGCACACUGGUGAUGGACGAAGCAGACACACUACUGCAGGCAAGUAUGCGCGGAGAUAUCGACAAAAUCGUUGCCGCACUGCCGGAAAAGCGACAAACGAUCGUGUGCAGUGCAACGUUCUACAAUAACCGCGACCGUGAGCUGCUACGGUACAUGAACGCAAAGUUUAUCGGUGUAACGCCCAAGCGAGAGGUGCCACUACUUUUCGGCAUAAAGCAAUUCGUCCGGGAACUACCGGCGGAACCGGACAACGUGAAAGAUCUGAUGGCGAAGGUGGGCGUGCUGAAUGAAAUCUUUCAGCAAAUUCAAUUUGCCCAGUGUGUGGUGUUUGCGAACACGAUCGCCAAAGCGGAAACGUACUGCACGUACCUAAAGAAGGCCGGCUGGGCGGCGGAAGUGAUCAACAGCAGUAUGGAGCAACGGUUCCGGUUGAAAGCGAUCGAAGAUUUUCGCUCCUUUCGGGCCCGCGUACUGAUCGCGACGAAUCUGAUCUCGCGCGGUAUCGAUGUGGAGAAUGUUAAUCUUGUGAUCAAUGCAGACGUGCCGAAGGAUAAUGCUACCUAUCUGCACCGAAUAGGGCGUGCCGGGCGGUUCGGUACGAAAGGCAUUGCCGUAACGCUGGUAUCGGGCGUAAAGGAUAUGGAACGGUUCCGGCGCAUUCUGCACGAUAUCGGUGGGAAUGAGAUGUUUGUACUUAAACUACCGCAGGGCCAGCUGGAAAAUGUGUGGCAUUUUGAGGCGUACGGUGAUCGCUACGAGAAGCUGUUCGCUUCGCAAAUGGUACAGGAAAUCCGCGACAAGGAUGCGGAUCAGCUAUUUUUGAAGGCGAUGAAAAUGAUCGGCGAUGAGCUGAAGAAUAAUGGCGACGGUGGUGAACCAUCGGCACGAAGCAAUAACAACGACGACGGGAAGAUGGACGACAGUUUGGAAAAGUCCACAUCGGAUGAGGAAACGGUUGUGGAGCUGGUAGAUGCACCGAAUGCCAUGCUGGAAAAGGCAACUAAUGGGCAUGCGGUAGAGCUGAAUGGGAAUGUGUCCGAGUCGGUUGCGGCAAGCACGGUAGCAAUGGAUGGAUUGUCGAUGUCGAUGGAAAAGCUAAGUCUCGAUCGUGGCCUACAGCCGAACGGUGAUCGAGGUGCCAAAACGAAGCGUCUCGAUUCAUUGAACGGCAACCAGAAGAAACCGGAUGUCAACGAACGGUUGGAAGAAAUGGAUAAUGAUGCAAACAACGACAAUGACGACGACGAUGAUGAUGGAGACGAGGAUAACGAUUCUCCCAAACCGGGACCAUCGAAAAAUGGCGUCAAGCCCGUUCCAUCGUCGCAAGCUGCAACAUUGCGGGGCAAUCUAUCGACCCCGGUACCUGAUAUAGAUGGGACGCAACUGUUGCUGCUUAAGGGUAGCACCAUCACAACCAUCGUCACCCGCAAUGGUGGCGAUGAAUCGGACCUCGAAAGUAGCUCCUCGCUCAGCACGAACGUCACGGAAAAGGUGGAAGUUGGAUCGGACUUUAACGCACAGAUGUCACGGUUAAAUCAAAUACCCGAUCCACGAUUCCGACAGAUCGGUUCCGUCGAUUGUUCCGACAUCGAUCACAGCUCCGACAGCGAAGCAAACGGUGGCGAAUGUCCACCGUUCGAAGCGAACAAUGAUGCACUGUUUGCGAAGAUUAUGGAACAGAAGGAGCUCGGGGUGGAGCAUCCGGAACAUCAGGUGCAGCUCCAUUCGAUCGAUGGAUGUAGUUUGGAGGUGCACGACGAUACGAUCAGCGAUCGGGGUCUAACGCGCAAAUGUUCCGUACCGGAUGUCGUACCGUGCGGUAUAUCGCUCGAUGCUUCGCGGCUCAAUCAUCGUGGCGUGCUGGCGGAAGAGAUCGGUGAGAAUGGAGAGGAAGGGGAGGAGAUUGAGCUAAAUUCCAACACGUGCGGGUCGAAUCGAGGAUCACUGUUUGAGGAGGAGGUGGAGGAUGUUAUACAGGCGAAUCUACCGAAUCGGAUCCGGUUCCAGCAGCAGGAUUCGCUCGAAGUUAACUCGAACACUGUUGGUUCGAACGUGGGCUCAACCCCGGAACCACCGGAAAUGCUGGAUCAACAAUCACUUCCGAUCAUUAACCCGAUCGAAGCCGAUCCUAUUGGACCAAUUGGACCGGAAUGUGCGGCUCACGAUGUGGACGAUAUGAUGGAUGAUGCAAGCUCCUACUCGUCGUACGAUAGUGAUGCGUCCAAUUCAUCCUUUUUCGAUGAUGUCGACCGUGUUUCCGUUGCGUCGGCCAAAUCAACACCCAAAGAGAACGAUGCGCUUGCGUCCGCCGAUCCACUGAUGGGUGGAGUAGCGGCUGUUGCUGGACCGAGCGGUAGUUUGGAGCAGAUAGGAGCUGUUCCUUCGAAUUCAGUUUCGGUAGCCGCCUCACCACAUCUAUUUGCCGUUCCAAGCAUCCCAACGCCACCACUGCUUGUGAGCGGAAUCAUCCCACCGGUGGCCAGCGGUACUGUCGUUGGCGGCGUUAAUCCACCACCGGUGCAACCUAUCAUCGAUGAAGAGCGUUCUACCCGAUCGCCCGCGUUUAUGGCACGGAUGGAAAAUCUUCUACCACCUUUCCUUCCUACAAUGGCACCCGGGGUGGCAGCUGGUGGAGCUGGUGCUUCAACCACGGCACCGCCGAUGCGUAGCGAUGCUCACGCCACCACACUUUACCAUCGAACGUACGCCCUGUGGAGCAAUCAGUACUGGAACCAGCUGACGCAAAUUAACGAUUACGUACGUUUUGCGUCUUAUGCAAGGCGCAAUGCUUACCGAAGUCCUUAA